GUCCAGCCAGGCAGCAGCGGAGCCCCUCCGUCGGUGGGUGCCGCUCUCGGGGGCUGGCUGCUGCUGCUGCGGGAUGCUGCUAUGGAUCCGGAUCCGGAGCCCUCGCGGGAGCCCGAAGAGCCGGGGGCUGGUGACGGGGGUCCCGGCGGCGGCGGCAGCAGAGGGGCCGGGGGUGGCCUGCUGGCCUCGGUCCACUUGGUCCACGUGCAGCUCUGCGGAGGGGCGCCCUGGGGCUUCACCCUGAAAGGGGGCCUGGAGCACGGGGGGCCCCUCAUCGUCUCCAAGGUGGAAGAUGGCGGGAAGGCGGCCUUGUCUCAGAAGAUGCGCUCUGGGGACGAGCUGGUGAACAUCAACGGGACGCCGCUCUAUGGCUCUCGGCAGGAGGCCCUCAUCCUCAUCAAGGGCUCCUACCGCACCCUCAAGAUGAUCAUCCGGAGGAGGAACAUCCCUGUCAUCCGGCCGCACUCAUGGCACCUGGCCAAGCUCUCCGAGGGCCGGACUGAGGCGGCCACCAUGCCCUGUCCGCCCGACGCCUUCAGCCUCUCCUGGCACUCGGGAUGUGACACCAGUGACCUGCCCUUGUCCUGGACCCCUCUCUCUCGCCACUGCAGCACUGACAAGAGCAGCUCCCUGGGGAGCAUGGAAAGCCUGGGCCCUCCCAGCCAGAGCUACUGCGAGGGCAGCCUUUCCCCCAUUGACCAGGCCAUGUACCAGAACAAGCGCGAUUCGGCCUACAGUUCCUUCUCCGCCAGCUCCAACGCCUCUGACUCUGCCCUGCGGCCCGAAGAGGGCAGCUCUGCCGAGUGUGUCCAGCAACCUGACCCCCGUUACCUCCAGACGGGUGGAGAAGGUGGUGACCCAGCAGUGGUCAGCAGAGCUGGGUCACACCCUCCUGGUCACCAGCCAGUGUCCUACGCUCGGGCCGGUCCCUUCCUUGCCUCUGCCAAAGCCGCCCCCUCCCCACCGCAGCCCCCCGUGAGGCAGGACAGCCUGAGAGCUUGCAACCCAGAAGGCCCAAAAGGUCCCCUGAACCCCAAGGGGCGCUGGACUUCAGACACUUCCCUCUCUGUCUGUGGCAGGGAACCCCAGGGGUCUACUGGGCAAGGCAAAGACUCUCUUGCCACUGAGCAGUACUACCUGCUGAGCUCCCACAGCGACCAGAGCCCAGCGAUGGAGAAGGGGGUGCCAAAUGCCGAGUCCCUCUUGAAUGAAGAGGCCGAGGGCGACCACCCCUUGGAAGACCCUGGGCAGCACCUGGAAAGGAAAAGCAACGAGACUGACCUCGACAGCCGCCACAUCACCUGCCCAUCUCCCUGGAAGAAAGGCUGGUCGAGACCUUUGGGCCACCACCGGCACAGCGCCCCGGAGCAUUUGCUGGCUGCCCAGCUUCAGGCAUUGAAUGUAGCCCACAUCCAGGAGGGGCCCCAAUGGACUGUGUCUCCACUUCAUGUGGACCAAAAGGGCCCCAGGGGCCCCAAGCCUUGGAUGAACCAGGACCGAAAGGGCCAGGGGUCCCCAUACCAGGCCGGAGAGCUGGACCCCUGUCCAGGGACAGAGGAAGGCCCCCAGCAUCAUCCCCUCGGUCUGGAGAGACCCAGGAGUGCCUCCGUUGAUCUCCCACCUGCCUUGUCUCCAAAGCACCAGCAUCAGCCACCCCUGUCUGGAAGUAGGGACUCCCAGGUUGCCUCCAGUGGCGCAAGCGCUUUGAAGGAAGGGGUCCGGGAUCCAGGAGGGAGCCAUCCGGCCCCCAGGAAGGGAGUCUUGGCUCAGCACCGCUCUGCCCAGAUGCGCCGCCAGAGCGACCGUUUUGCCACCAACCUGCGCAAUGAGAUCCAGUGGCGCAAAGCCCAGCUCCAGAAGGCAAAGGGCACUGCUGCCAUCUUAUGUGGGGAGGAGGCCGUGCAAGAGACAGAAGAGCCCCCUAGCAGCCCCUCUUCCGUUGACCCUCCCUCCUGGUCUCCCCCUCCUUCUGCUCUGGAUCCUUCCCCAUCUCCCCCUCCUCCCCCCAUAGCGGAGAGCAUGCCCCAUGGCUCAGGACCAAGCAUCAGGCGCUGGGGCUCAGAGCUGAGUGUCUUUGGGAAAGAAGCCACCUCCCACAGCCCUGGCCGGGGGUCUCUUCCGGCCCCUGAGUCUAGGUGGAAAGCCCAAGGGCCUGAGCGGCCCCCCAAGUCUCCAGUGCCCCCCAUGUCUGGGCGAGGCAGGCGCUGGCACUGGUCUCCAGAGUACAAACUGCAGCCACACGAUGGGAAUCCACAGCCAGCUGAACCAGAGUCGCCAUCCCGGCUCUCGGAGGAAUCGUCAGGCCUCCUGCCUUUUGCUGACCGGAGGAGGUUCUUUGAGGAGAGCAGCAAGCCCCUCUCCCCUGUGCACCUGAGCCCCCGGCGGGGCAGGUUUGGGGGGGUCCCGCCCCACAGACGGGAGGAAGAGCAGAACACAUUCCAGCUGGUGAGCUCUGAGCACAAAGAGCAGCAGCAGCAGCGACGCCACUCCAUGGACCAGGCCUUCGGACCCUCUCCUUCUCCCCCCACCUACCAGGACUUCCGUCCCGAAGUCCCCACCUACUACAAGCCCCUGGCCCGACACCGGCCAGACUGGGAGUGCUGGCAGCCCCUUCCGUGUUCAUGUGCCCCCCGGGAAGCCUGCCUGUUCUGCUAUGGGGAGCGGUGCCCCUCACUGCAUCAGAGAAACCUCUCGGUGCCCCCGGCCACUGUGCUCACCAUUGCCAUCCUCACUCUUGGACCCACUGCCCCGACUGCUGCUGCCCAGCUCAACACCAGCGCUUGGAGGAGAGGGGGGGCACCCUGGCAUGGGAGGAAGGCCUUCCAGAUGGAAUUUCCUGUGGAUGACUGGGAGCCCCCAGCGAUAAACAGGAAGACCAGCCAGUCGAUGAGUGAGCUGCCACAACACAAGAUGGGCUUUGCCAGGGCCAGCCCCUUCUGGACCUGCUUCGAGGAGGCCGAACCAGAAUGGCCGCCCGCCUUCUGCCGUGCCAUCUCUGCCCGCAACCUCUCAUGGGAUGGAGAAAGGCCAGGGAGAGUGGCAGCCGUCCCAGAGACUCCUGACUACGAGGAGCCCCGCAAGCCCCCCUUGCGUGGAAGGGCCUACUCAGAAAGCCACCUCUGUGCUGAGCUGGCCAGCGGGGCUACAGAGAGGGAGCGGCGAGAAGCCCCCCUGGCCAAGGUAGAGGAGACCCUGCUUGAACCGCCCUGUGUGGGCAAAAAGAAGGGGCCCCCGCCCCCACGCCCCCCCCCCCCAAACUGGGAGAAGUACCGCCGCGCCUCCCAUAACCAGCUGCUGUCCACCAAGGCUGGACCGGCCCCCCUCCCCGAAGACCCUCGUGGCUCCGGCCAGGAAGCCGCAAGGCAGCGGUCUCAGAGCCUCCCUCUGGAGCAGCUGUGGAGUGAGGCGGCCCACCUGCAGCCCCUGCCCUGUGCCAGCCCCCCUCGUGAGGGCACCGCUUCCUCGCCUGGGGCACCCGCGGAGCAAAGCAGCCUCCGCUACUACUGCCACAGCUCCCCAUGCCAGACCCCUGAAUGGUCGACACCAGAUGCAAGCGAGAGGAGUGGGUCUUCCCGGCCAUCAAGCUCUCUGGAUGAAGAUGCCAUGCCAGAGUCAGUAUGGGAGAAGGGCCAGAGUGGACCGUCCACCUGCAAGACCACAGAGCCGUCCUCCCCGGUCAGCCUCCCCAGCAGUCCCUCCCCCAAGGGACACGAUCCACCACAAGCGGGGGCUGCAAGAGAGAGCCGUUCCCCGAAUGCCCGGGGCCCAAUGCUACCCUUCUGCCUGAAUUCGGAGGAGCUGAUGAGGGACGUGGCGGGGAGGGACCGGUCCCUGGCCAGGGUCCUGGGUCCUGCUUUGGGGCAGAAGACGGUGGCCGAGGUCAUGGAGGAUCUUUUCUCUGCAGGCGACUCUUCGGUCUGGAAGGAAAGGGCCUGCGCACCCCAAGCAGGUGAUGAAGAGCUCCCUGAGAGCCAACCCAGCCCCUGCCCCCGUCUUGUGGGGGGGGCCCUUGGUGCCCUGCGUGGCUCAGCCUAUUACAACAUGUCCGUGGGCAAAGCCAAGCUGCCAGGCAAAGUGAAGGACCCCCCUGCGGUCAAUUCAGAAGAGGAGGAGGAGGAGAUGGAUCGUGACCUGGCCCAGAAGAAGGUGCAGCUGAUCGAGAGCAUCAGCCGAAAGCUGGUGGUGCUGCAGGAGGCUCAGCGGGGCCUGGAGGAUGACCUGAAUGCCAACGUGGCCCUGGGCAAAGAAGUGGAGAGCCACGUCAAGCGGGUUUGCAAAGCCCACGAGUUUGAGAAGUUCCGCCUCUUCAUCGGUGACCUGGACAAAGUGGUCAACCUGCUGCUCUCUCUCUCGGGGAGACUGGCCCGGGUGGAGAAUGCCCUCGGCAGCCUGGCACCGGAUGCCCCAGAGGAGGAGAAGCUGGCCCUCCUGGAGAAGAAGCGCCAGCUGACAGCACAACUGGAAGAUGCCAGGGAGCUUCAGGAGCAUGUGGCCCGGCGGGAACGGGCGGUCUUCGCCAGCGUCUCGCGCUGCCUGCCCAGUGAGCAGCUCCAGGACUACCAGCACUUUGUGCGCAUGAAGUCUGCUCUGGCCAUCCAGCAGCGCCAGCUGGACGACAAGAUCAAGCUGGGCGAGGAGCAGCUGCGCAGCCUGCGGGAGAGCCUGCGCCGGACAGGGGCCCGGGAGUACUAGCCAGGGGUCCUCCGGCCACCAAGCCCAAGUCCUCGACCUCCGCCCUUUGCACUUACCUUUCCACCCUUAGGAUUGUGCCCGUUGCCAAAAGGACUGUUGUGCCGGACUCACCGGCUUUUGCCCUCCUGUGGGCGCAUUUGCCAAAGUGCUCUUCUGCCCAUGAGUGGACAGUGCUUGCUUUUGCACUUGGGCCCAAGGGUCCUCAGGCUGCUCAGGAAGAGAGGGCAGCAGCAGAGUGGGAUUCCUGGAGCUUCUCUGGAGUGAUGCCAACCACCACCGCAAUGAGAUGGACGCUUCUUCCAAAGAUCCCUCAGCAGCUGGAGACAGAACUGCUCAGGCACAAUCUCUUGCCUUUCCCCGUCUUGGCUGGCAAGGCAACCGUCAAAGGACCCAAGGCUCUUGAAGAGAUGGCACCAUCCCUUGCACUGGGGUCCCAAUCCUCCUCCUCUUCUGUGCCUUUGGAGCGUCCCUACCGCCAGCUCCAGCCUUAUUUAUUUUUUUGUCUCAGCUUUGCAGCAAUUAUUGAUUCUGGCUUUAAAAUGAGGAACCAUGCUGGGCAGCAAGGAGGGUUGUCCACUGCCCAGAAGAAAAGCCCCAUCAACCUCUGUAUGGGCAAAGGGAUCACUGGCAUAGGAUCCCACUCUUUGCAGGCUUGGACCACACCUUACGAAAGCAUCAGAAGAUCCUCCCCGCACCAGCACUGCUUGGUGUGCCAUUUGCAAAGGUUCCUUCACCCCCAGUUUUGGGAGAGGACCUUCUAGGUCCCCUGGCACUGUGUUGUGCCCAGGUCUGUGCUGCAGCUCCCUGCCCAGUUGGCUCAUUUGAGUUGGCUCAAAUGGAUACCUUAAGAUAGACAAGCUACAUGAGGGUUGGGGUCACCCCAUAGAUGGUUGGUUGCAGCUCCCAUUUUGUGCCCCCCCCCCCAUCCCCAGACUAGGCCUUGUAUUGUCACAAAGUGGAGUGUCUGGGAGUCUUGUGGUUCUUGCAUGAACUGGUGCUGCUUUUCCCCAGCAAUAGACCUCCCCAUGUUUGGGAAGAUUGUGGGGCUGGAGGAGUUAUUGACUUCCUUUUCGUUUUCCACCCUGGUACAAACCUACAGCUGCCCCUGCCCCCCCCCCCCAAAUGUGGUGAAAGGAAUGUGCUGGGAUCCUGCCAUUGGAGAGGCCCCAACAUCCUCUUCCUCUCCAUUGUUGUUGGGAAUAAUGUUGGAAAGUCUAGGCUCCCCUCCCUUUAACCCCUUCAGCAAUGUCUGGCCACAGAGCCAUUUUGGAAGGGACUGGACAGUCAGCUGGGGGAGAAAGAAGGGAGGCACAGGGGUUUCCCCAGAAUGGGGUCUGCAGGGUCUGUAGGGGUCCUUGGAUUUACAGCACGCUUGUUUUCCUAUGUUUUCCUGCUGAGGGGCUUGGAGGAAGGUGGCUUUGCAGAGGUGGAAGGAUAGGGAGUGAAGCCAUAAACUCUGAGGACCCUCAGUGAACCCUUCCCAUCUCCCUUCUCACCCAAAAAGUGUCUUUUCAUUGCUUGCCUUGGCCUGGUCUCUCUGCCUUUGCAUUCAGGAGCACCAGGCUGGGGUCUGGAUGGGUUCCUCUUUGGAAACCUGUCUACUCUGGCCUCAUGAGGAGAUUGCCACCCACACACCCUUAACUCCCAUGUCCCUAGCAGCAUCCUCAGCAGAGGUUUGCAUCCUGCAGGGAGGAAGGCCUAUUGUGCCAACGGUGUUGCAGACCGGAGUCUCCUUUGGGCCAGAAGCAGGAGAGGCUUUGCAGGAUGAAAACAACCCCCUAAAUGAAACUUCCUUUUGGAGACAAGUCCAAGCAGGAAAGGCUCAGUUGUAGCAGCCCUCCCCAUUGAGACAGUGGGGUUUGGAACAGUUUCCAUUUCUAAUGGGGGGGAGCAUUCCUGGAAUCCACAUUUGAAAGAGCAGGAAUUCCAGUGGGAGCAGCUGGCUAUUGUUUUCCUGCAACAGCGGGCAUCCCAGCAUUGCCCACCGCCCCUGCCGCCUCUGUGCCCUCCGCAACUUCCACAGCUCACACUCAGGCUUGUUUACUUUCUCAUCCGCCCCACAGCAAUCCCUAGACUUAGGCUGCACAUCUUCUCCUUGCAGUUUUGUUUUCCCCAGAGGUGUACUCCUGGUCUUCACAGCCAUGCAGAGGAAACUAUGGGUUCUUCCCAACCUUGAGAGUAAAAUGAAUCCUUGGCUGCCUUGUAACAUUUUGGCCCAGUUGCCCAGACACGCUUUCCUCUUGCAGAUCAAUCCUGUCCAAUGUGCCAAUUGGCAGUUUGCGCCUGGCUUCCUGCAGGGAUAGUGCUUCGAUCCCUGCCGCCUGCGAGGAGCAGCUGGGGGUCAGGCUGCCCCUUGAGACUGUGCCUCCAUCACCACUAAAGAUCUUGUGAGGUAGGACCGCUGCUUCUCCUCUCAUCCCUCGACCCAUAGUCCUCACCUUCUCAUCCAAAGAUGAAGAGGAAGCCUUGCUCGCCUUUUCAGGAAUUAGGCAGGUGGGGAGGCUUCCUUUCUUGUUCUAGAGCCAAAGUAUGAGGUUUUGUCCUCUCUAGUUGGAGGCGCUCCCAUGCAUGCCAUCCUGAACCCCCCCCCCCCCCCCCCACCUCCCUAUGCCCAAGUCGUGUGAAGGAACCUUCUCUUAGGAUUGUCUCGGUGUGGCCAAUCUCAUCUCUGUUGCCCUGCUUGGGCAUUUCUCUCUACCAAAAGAAUGUAAAAUGCAACGUUGUGCAAGUAGAAAAAUGCAGAAUUUUGCAAAAUGCAAAGAAAAAGAAAAAGCAUGAACAAAUCUCUCCAUCCUCUUUUGAACAGUGUAGUUGUGUAUAUGCACAUGUGCGUUUAUUAAGAGGCUUCCUUUCUAUAAGUACCCAAGGGGCACAUACCUUUGGCAGUGAUGUGAAGGUGUCAUGACCUAUUCUGACCUUCACUUAUUCUGUCUCUCUCAGUGUAGUUUGCAAAUGCACAUCCUUCAAGCCCACCUUGUUACCCCUUCCACAAACACACAAGUGCCUAUGCCUUUGCCAUCAUUUUCCUAGGCACUGCCAGGAAAGAAUGGUUUGCCCCUCAUGGCCUUCUCAGUGGGUUGCCAACUUCAGGGUUGCACCUUGCCCUUUUGGGUGCCGCGGAACAACCCUCUCCUUGCCAAAGCCGGUCCCUCCUCCCCUUCUUCCAGGUGGAGCCUGAAGUGCCAAUGCCAUUUUUGUUGCUAUGUUAUUAAGUGCCUGCGUUGUCGGGGUUGUAAUUUUAGUGCUUCCUACACACAUGAAAAGAGAGAAAAAGAAAGAAACCCACGGGCAUUUCCUCACAGCGGGGGGGCCUUUCGGGUUGUUGUGUGUUUUGGGAGGUGUUACCUUGUGUUCUGUUCUGGCAAUGCUUUGGGGAAUGGGGAUUGGGGACAGGAAGGGCACACAAUCACACAACAUGUUGCAUUAAAAGUGGUGCCAAUGAUGA